CGCCGCCACCUCCUCUGCGCUCCCCGUUCCCCAGGUCGCGCGCACCCGCUCCCGCACCGGAGAACCCACCGCACGCCGGCCUCGUUCCGAGAUGGCGGCGGCGCUGCGCUUCCCGGGGGUCGCGAGGGAGUCUCUGUCUCUGGACGCGCCCGUCGCCGCCUCCAAGCUCGGGAGGGAGCGGCGCCCGGCCCCCGCGAGCGCGAACCCGGGGCCGCAAUGCUGGAGGCGGAGGAGGGGCCUGGCGGUGCGCUGCCAGACGGGGUCCACCGCACCGCCCGUCCUUAGGACGGAGGAGGCCCCCGCGGCUGCGGCGGGGGCAAGGAAUGCCCAGGCGGGGUUCACCGUCGUCAUGAAGUUCGGCGGCUCGUCGCUCGCGUCAGCCGAGCGGAUGCGGGAGGUGGCCGGCCUCAUCCUUAGCUUCCCCGACGAGACGCCCGUCGUCGUCCUCUCCGCCAUGGGGAAGACCACCAAUAACCUCCUCCUGGCCGGCGAGAAGGCGGUGAGCUGCGGCGCCCCCAAGGCGUCCGAAAUCCCUGAGCUCGCUGUCAUCAAGGACCUGCAUCUUAGGACGGUUGAUGAGCUCGGUUUAGAUAGGUCGAUUGUUUCAGGUUUAUUGGAUGAAUUGGAGCAACUUCUUAAAGGAGUUGCUAUGAUGAAAGAGCUGACCCUUAGGACAAGAGAUUACCUUGUUUCCUUUGGUGAAUGUAUGUCGACAAGAAUAUUUGCUGCAUAUUUGAACAAACUUGGGAAAAAAGCACGCCAGUAUGAUGCAUUUGAUAUUGGCUUUAUAACCACCGAUGAUUUCACAAAUGCGGAUAUUCUUGAAGCCACUUACCCUGCUGUUGCGAAGAGGCUACAUGAAGACUGGAUGGAUGACCCUGCUAUUCCUAUAGUCACUGGUUUUCUUGGGAAGGGAUGUAAAUCAUGUGCUGUCACCACUUUAGGCAGGGGUGGUAGUGACUUGACAGCUACAACCAUUGGCAAAGCCUUGGGAUUAAGAGAAAUCCAGGUUUGGAAGGAUGUAGAUGGUGUGUUGACAUGUGAUCCUAAUAUAUAUGCAAAUGCUAUACCCGUGCCCUACUUGACUUUUGAUGAGGCUGCUGAGCUUGCCUACUUUGGUGCACAGGUUUUGCAUCCCCAGUCAAUGCGACCGGCUAGGGAUGGUGAUAUUCCAGUGAGAGUAAAGAACUCAUACAAUCGUCAUGCACCUGGUACUGUCAUCACUAAAUCCAGAGAUAUGAGCAAGAGCAUAUUGACUAGCAUUGUGUUGAAAUCUAAUGUUACCAUGCUGGAUAUAGUGAGCACAAGGAUGCUUGGCCAAUACGGGUUUUUAGCAAAGGUAUUCUCAAUAUUUGAAGAUUUGGGCAUCUCUGUUGACUGUGUGGCUACUAGUGAAGUCAGCAUCUCGUUGACUCUAGAUCCAUCAAAACUAUGGAGUCGUGAAUUGAUCCAGCAGGAACUUGAUCAUGUCGUUGAAGAGCUUAAAAAAUUUGCAGUUGUUCAUCUGCUGCAACGUAGAUCGAUCAUCUCACUGAUAGGGAAUGUACAGCGAUCGUCAUUGAUUCUUGAAAAGGCAUUCAACGUUCUGCGAAGAAAUGGUGUUAAUGUCCAGAUGAUCUCACAAGGGGCGUCCAAGGUGAACAUUUCCUUGGUAGUCAAUGACAGUGAGGCAAAACAGUGCGUACAAGCCCUCCAUUCAGCGUUCUUUGAGAAUGGCUUCUUGUCGGAGGUAGAGGGAGCUGACGUUCCCCAGAACGGAGCCUCUCUGAACUCAAAUGGCGCUGUCUAUGGAAACUAGUCGACUCUGCAACUGAUUUCUUCAAAAUUUGUGUACCAUUGGUAGGUUGAAUGGUGGUGAUUCAUAGCUAUUUAUUUAGGGCAUCAGUCAUGUUGGUGCAAAUUUUCUUGAUGUUUUAAGAGCUUAUUACCAGAACAGUCUGCAUGGUAUACCUUGCGAUUGGGUGCUACCAAGUAGUAGCCAAUGUCUUGGGGAUCUGCCACAUGUUUAAGGCAUUCCAAGGCUUAUAUGUAUCUGAGUUGUAUUGUAUGUGAGAACUAUUGAGUUGUAUUGUGGUGAUUAAGUUUGGUAGUUUUAGACUG